ACUAUGACUGACAAUGGGACCCCAUUUAGCACACAUCGACAGCCUGUUUGUUGGCAGGUUUCACCACCCUACAGCUACACAAGGAAACUGAAAACCGCCACUGUUGUCAACUGUCCAUAUCUUAACAGGAGCAGGUGUAAUGUGUCUCUGACCCAGCAGUACCAUUUACACUGCGAACAAUGCAGGGUCCCAUGGCUACCUGUUGGUGAUGUGGAUGGUAAACGGCGGCAGGUUAUCCUUAAAUCAUUCUGUGGAUAGUAGACGGAGGCAGGAUAUCCUUAAAUCAUUCCAAUCAGGCUUGAUGAAAUAAGCCCUCCAGUGAGUUGAACUGAGUUCUCCACGCCAAGAUGUUCGGUCGGGCUGUAUUGGCUGUUUUUCUUAUCUACCUACUUCAGUGUUCCGGCUGGCAAUAUUGUUCUGAUAACAAAUACCCGGCCCCCUGUACCCCAUGUCGUAAUGACGGCACCGACCGGUACAAGUGCCCCCGACAAUGUGGAGGAGGGAGAAACAUCAACUUGUGCGAUCAGGUCUGCAGCAAUAAUUGUAAAGACUCGGAAUGCGAUUACAUCGAUGGCCAAGUAUCAAUGCGCUGUGUGAAAGGCUGCAUGGACUCCUACACCGGCCUGGCGUGCCAACAAUGGUGCAAGCAGGACUGUGCCACUUGUGACCAGCAGACUGGCCAAUGCACUAAGUGUAAUGAGGGACGAUAUGGCGAUGACUGUGAGAAGACGUGUGGGAACUGCAGGAAUAGGUCAUGUCGCCGAAAAGACGGAAGAUGUACCGCAGGAUGCCAGUCAGGAUUCUAUGGAGACACGUGUAACAAACAAUGUGAUCAAUGUCAGCAGUGUGGACAAGAUGGUGCUGACUGCACUACGUGUGACCAAAACAAUGGCACGUGUUUGCUGGGAUGCACAGAUGGGUUUUACGGCCAAAAGUGUACAAGAACCUGCCCGGACAAAUGUGUGGAGUGUAACAGGGACACAGGGAGUUGUGUACAGUGUGAGAGCGGAUGGGAGGGAGCUGUGUGUGGUAGAAAAAACAGUUCCACUACCAGUGACACCUAAACAACAACAAGGAGAUAAACCCACGGAGGCCGUGACAACCAAGUCUGGCCUCAUGAGCAUGUUUGAAGAUCAAGAUUACCUGCUGCCAGUGGUGGGUUGUGCCCUGGUUAUCCUCAUCAUUGUUGCUGUGGUGAUCUUUUGGAGGUGUAAGAGAAGAUCGAAGUCGAAGACACCUGGCAACGAGGAGGAAGGACAGUGUGACAGUGUAUCUCAACACCCUAGUGUACACAGAUUGUUCAACUCGGGUGGAACUGAUUCCCACUACGAUGAGAUCGUAGACGACAUGGACGGUAUGAAGAAACGCCUCUUAGAAGAUCGCGCACUGCCUCGAAUCCCUACCCCUGAAAACAAACCUCUUGCUUGUCUGAGGAACAGAUCUGGGAACCUCAGUACCCCAUACAUGAGCCCUAUAGUGGAAGCUGUAGAGGAGGAAGAAGAAGAAGAACCCAAAACAACCCCCAAGGUUGUAUUCACUGUAGAACCUCCUUCAGACGAGGAAACGACAGUGGGUCGUGAUUCACUUGCUUCUGAUGACUCAGGGUCUCCUGUUGAUGGUCCAGAAUUUGUCAAGAGGAACGGAAGUCUUGUCUUUGACACUGAGGCAGGUGAUGGAGCAGCAGGAAUGCCAGAGAAGCAUGUUGAUCUUCUAAAUGUCCCUGGUAGAGGCAUCUUCAUCUUUCAGAACGGUUCCAAUGUUGAAAAUGGGAGUUAUGGGGACUACACUGAUAGUUGUAAUAGUGGCUUGUCAACUCCCAAAGUUCCUGAUAUGUAUCUUCACAACGCACCUGAUAGUAACAGCCAACUGGCUACGAAUAUCGCGGACCAUCUUGACAAAUACCUUUCCCAAAGACAGAACACAGAGGCAGAUCCCGAAGAUGGGUACGAGACGCCACUACAAUAUGGAUCUUCUGACACAGGUGUCUCAGAACCGAAUGUUUUCACUGGCACCAACACUGAGCAUCAAAGCGAAAAGAACAGCAAAGACAAACGGAGACUAAACUCAGAGGCAGUUCCAGAGAAUGAGUAUAUGACUCCCGUACACAAUGGAACCACUGACACAGGUGUGUCAGAUUCGGGUGUUCGUAUUAGUGCUAACACAGAGGAACAAAAUGAAAAGAACAACAAUGACAAACGGAGGUUCAAAUCCAAGCUUCCGCUUCCAAAGUCAAAGACUAAAUACAAUCACAAAUCAUUUGUGCCAAAACGUGAUACGCGUCUCAACAUUGACGCAUCAGAGAAGGAAUCUAUGCUAAAUCACAGGGAUACAAUUGACUGUUAGAGACGUGUAGAAAGUUAGGACUGAGAAAACCAUUUGAGAAUGAUCUCAUGUGUUAAACAGAGGAACCGAUCUAUUGAGGUCAAGGACACCAAGAGUACCUGUUUCAUCGUGUCACGUGACACCUCGCUUGACGGACAUAUGAUCUGUAUUUGUGUUGCAUAUAUGUUGAUUAUGAGGAUGUUAUAUAUCAACCCAUAAUUCUGUCAGUGCCUUGACAAAUGAUCACCUGUAGUGGAUCGACCAUUUGAUAUUCUCGAGGGGAUAAGAAGGGUAUACUUAUAAAAAUAAGUAAGCUGUAAUAAAAAAACAAGUUGUCUUUCACGAAAUAUGCAUAGUUGCAA